UGAUUUUGCAUUUCCGGGAGAGAACUGUAUGUAAACAAUACAGUUCUCUCCCCUUUCAGCUCCUGCACACGGCUUUGCAUGGCUCUGCAUAGCAGAGCCAUUUAAAGCAGCGUGCUUACAGUUGAAAGCACUAAUACAGCCCACAGUAAUACAACUGUGAUCACCCCACAUGUUAAGCCCUUCCUGCCCAGUGCCUUUAGUACAUUGUCAGUGCUUUUUAUUAGCACUGAUCACUGUAUUGGUGUCACUGGCAAUGUCAGUGACACCAAGUCAGUUCCCCCCAGUGUCAGAAUGCCCGCCGCAG